GUGAUGCCCAAAAUGGACGGAGUCAGCGCUUUGAAUCUGAUCCGCCAGCCCGACCAUAUGACCCCCAUCAUCGGCAUGACGUCUAAUUCAAAACCGAGCGAGAUUAUGACGUAUUAUUCAUCUGGAAUGAAUGAUAUUUUGCCCAAGCCAUUUACGAAGGAGGGGUCGUUGGAUAUGUUGGAGAAACACCUGAUGCACCUUAAAGUCAUCCAACAAAUGUCAAAAGUACCUUGUUCGCUCGGUGUUCCUCCUCUCUCAGACCCGUCUUUGAGCGAGGCACUCGCAGUUGGGGCGUCGCAAUUACAACCACACAAUUCUUCGUCUAAUCCUGGCUUCUCGUCUAAUUCAUCCAGUCUGCAUCCGAUGUUGGGAACGGGGUACGACGAUGAUGGACGGAUUAACUCGUUGGCAGGGAUGGGUCUGUCUGACGAGCGAUACGCGGCUAUUCUACCGGGUACCGUUUCU